CGGACGACUGAACACUUGCCCGACAGUGAGGAAAACAUUUAUAAGGAAACAAAACUUCCUUGCGCAAGGCAACUUUCUGUCCACACAGACGUUUACCUUUGACCUCAACUCGUUUAUUUUUAACUUUUAGAAGGUAAGGUGCUGUGUUAUGUUGACGGAAGUACAGGCGAGCAGACGUGACUUUUUGUUAGGGAGUGUUAGCAGACGACUUUUAUGUCUGUGUUUUUCUUGAAAUGGAUUCUGCUCAAAAUGAAAUUUAAUCGGAAGCCUACACUUUACGAUCACAUUCAAUCAAGGUCUCAACAAUGACGUAGAGGGUUUAUUGUCCUUGCUGCACGCUGGAUGAUACCUUACAGUAUUUUAUUUUAUAAAGAAAUCCUGAGACAUGAGUAAUAUAAAUGAGUAUCAAUUAAACCAAAGGACUAACUAGAACUCAGAUGAGAACAGAAUGAUACAGUUCUUUUAUUUCACCGCGAUCCUGUUCGUUGGAUAUAUAAAGGGCAACCCUACAGAGAGCCCAGUGUUCAACCUCACUAGCUCAAUAAGUAGUGACACCAAAGUGACAACCAGCACAACAGCAAUAAAGAAUGCUGUGACAGAGAGCAGCACAUUUAUACCAGUUGAUCAAGAUUUGAUCAUCACAGUAUCUGUUGCAGGAUUUUUACUCCUGUGCUUGUUAAUCUUCAUUAUCGCUUACUUUGUACGGCAAGCUACGUCUGAAAAAUACAAGCCAAAGCGAAUACCAGCAACUACUACAACAAACAAUUCGACAACAACGCCAGGUCCAGAGAACGGACACUUUAACCCAUUCCCACCCAAUGCAGCCGCAGUAAAAAAUUCAGUUCCAGCAACAGCUCAGAAAACUAGAUACAUCCAGAAGGAGCACGAGAAACGGGCGGCGCCAAAUAGACAUUAAAAUGCUUCCACGACACAAGUUUAUGUUUUAAAUAGUGACGAGGAAAAAAAAAGUUGUGUAAAUAGUUUAUUUAUUAAAUUGUUUUAUCUUGGUAACAGCACAGUGAUUGUGGUGUUUUGAUGUGUAGCUAUUUAGUCAAUUUUUGUUUUCAAUGAUAAAUGUUAGUAUCACAAAAAGUUAUGACCACAGACUUCUAACAUUUGUUGGAAUGCAUGGGUCGAAGGUUAUUAGCUUGGUGGUGUAGCACUCUAAUUCAUGUCUUUUAAACUGAUGUGCAACAAGUUCAAAUCCAGAAGAGAAACUCUAAUUGAUACCUGAUGUACAUACCAGGCAUGUGCUGGCCACAUAGACCAUCGAACACAGAAAUUGAUAAACUUCAAAUCUUUUGACUCCAUAGAUCGCAAGGUCUGAAUGCAAUAAUUAAACAUGUUUUGUCAUUAGCUAAUGAAGGUUCUUAUUGUGAUGCUUGAUGUAUUUAUAGUAUUGGCCCCUAAAUAGAACAGCAGCACACAUACUGAGAAGGGGGGAGGGUGUGUGGCUAAAUGACACUCUUAGUGACCACUUCCACCUUCACAUUCGUCUGUCACUUGGUGAGCCACACAUGAUCCGCCAGCCAUCUUUCUCCAUUCAUCUAUCUUUUGCCUUGGAUAGAAUUUUUUUUUCAAUGACAGGGCCGUCCAUUCUUUGAUGUCUUUCCAUCGCUGUCUUCCUCUUCUUAUUUUCCUGGUAUUGUUCCAUGAAGGAAGUCUAUGCGAUCUAAGAGUUUUUGGUGUUAUUUUCAUCAAAGUUUUUUAUCUUUUAAACUUUUUCUACAAAAUAACAAAAUAAAUCUAAAUGUU